AUGGAUGGUUUCAGUCGAAUUUGCCUUGCAGUAUUAUUUAUGUUUCAGUCGUUAUUAAUGCAGGCCAGAGAUUGCAAGUGUCAUCGUCUGGCAGUUAGUCUUAACGAAACAUUAAACAGCAUAAAUUUUGAAGCCGACUUUCGAAAAGCUGUUCAGUCGUUGACUGCUGAAGAAUAUGCUAAGGCUGCAAGAUUUCGUUAUAAGGAUGAUACGCUUGCUUCUAUAUUAGGACGUCUUUUUCUUCGACAGGCCACAAGGCGCUUGUCAAAUGUGGAAUGGAGUACGAUUGAAUUUGGACGAACAGAAAAAGGAAAGCCAUAUCUCAUAAGUCCAAGUAAUACGAAGUAUGGCUUCAAUGUGUCACACCAGGGAGAUUAUGUAGCAUUCGCUAGUAGCUGUUCGCCGAAAGUUGGUAUAGAUUGCAUGCGGUUGGAUAAAGAAAGAAAUAAUAAAUCUGCUGAUGAUUAUAUCACAUCAAUGGCAAAAUCAGCUGGUCCGGAAGAGUUAAGAAUGAUGAGGACCCAAGCAACUGAUCAAAUGAAAAUGAUUUAUUUCUAUCGGUACUGGUGCUUGAAGGAAGCAGUCCUUAAAGCAACCGGAGAGGGAUUACUGUCAGACUUAAGCCGACUGAAUUUCCAUAUUGAACCGAGAGAACGGUAUCGACCGAGGUGUUUCAUUACAUCAACCACUGUAUCACUGGACGGUAAAUUGCAAGACGAAUGGAUUUUAGAAGAAACAUUCAUCGACGAAAUGCACAAUGCUGCGGUCUGUCGUGAGAAGCGGUUGCCAAACUGUUGUCUGUAUUCCGUAAAUCCUGACACACGAAUAUACUUUGGUCUUGUCGAUACCACUUUCUUACUCGAAGGCGCUACUAUUUUAAAUCAUCUACCUGAGGACGGUGCUGCUGAAUGGGUUAAUUUUAACGCCAAACCAAGAAAGCUUUUUUAA